AAAGAAAACUGUAUUUCAAGAAGCCAGCUCUGCUAAAUGAUAUCACUGCUGCCUGACUUUAUCCUCUUGUUUCUCACUUAGUAGAGUAGUGCCUGCAGAAUAUUUAUAUAAGAGGUAUUUGCUGACAGCAGUUUGACUGAAAUGGAAAGCUAGAGGUCUCGUCUGCACACUGUGGAUAACAUACCAUUUUUACUAAAAUCAUAUGUUGUUUCAUUUUUAGUAAAUUGGAAAGGGGAGGGAGUGUAAGAGAUUAAGAGAGCUGAGCUUCCUCAUGGGUCUCCAUCACCAAUCUAGCCUAAACUGGGCAUAAAACCAGUCUUCAACUGUGCCAUUUGACUUAAAUGUGAUCUUAAAGACCCUCUCUGCUUUUCCAGCAGCCUACUAAAAUCACUUGUUUUGAAAAAUGAAGAAUAAGAUUAGUAGCAUUUCACUUUAGCUUAUUUAGUUAGUGUUUUCUUGUUAUUCGUUCUUGCUUAUGAAGGUAAUUUACCCUACUCCCCGGAAAACUAACUAAAGAAAAAAAUUUAAGCCCCAAGCCCUUGUUGAUAAAGCAGAUUCCCCACUCCAGGCCAGCCACUUCAGAACCCUGAGAGUUGGUGUUUCAAAAUCCUCAUUUUAAACAAGUUCCCACAGGGAUUCUGCACUCACUGAAAUAUAAAACUGUUUUAUUAAGAUUGUGCUUUUUCUUGAAUACAUGCCUGGUUAGUAGGCUUUGCCCUAGCUUAGCUGAAUAGACCUGGCUUCUGAAAAUUCUCUUACAAAGUGACAGGGUGGAAAUCUGAUGUAAAAACAGCAAACACUCAGCUCUCAUUGGCAGCUUUGUUUCCUUCCAGAGACCUGCAGAAGACACCCUGUAUGAACCAGCAGAACAUGAAUGUAAUGGAUUUUCAAGAAAGCGCAUACGGUCUUCAUCUUUUACUUUGCAUACUACAGAUUCUCAGUCCCAAGGAGCAUCAACCUUGUCCCAGAAUCAAAUGAGAUCGUCUUCCUUCACUGACCUACCGACCUUCCCCCCAUCUGGGCCAGUGAAGAAAAACAAUGUUUUUAUGACAUCAAAUUUGGUGCCAAGAAAUGUUGGUAUGAACAGUGCAGAACCAGGCCCUGUGAAACAUCCUGAACAUGUUCUAAGACCUGCUAUUUUGCAGCCACCUCAAGCUCAAAGGUGUGAAAACAUAAGAAACACAUUUGAACACAGUGCAUUAGAAUCCUGCAAGACUAAAGAAAACACAAAAAAUAAGAUAUUGGAAGGUAACUCCUAUUUGCUAACAGAAAAUUUACGAAGUGCCAGAGUUUCAGUCCAGCUGUCUACUAACCAGAAUAUUUUAGGUACUACAUCAGUAGGAUGCCAACCAGAUGAAGAUCAGUAUUCUUCUAAAAGCUGUAGUUCUGAUUUCGUUUUUGGAGAAAACAUGGUAGAAAGAGUUUUGGGUACUCAAAAUUUCAGUCACCCUCAACUUGAAAAUGAUUCAUGCACUAAGGAAAAAGCAUUCAAAUCCACUCUAAAUCUCCCUAUCAACUCUCCAAACGCAAGAACACAUUCUAUUAAAAAUAUAUCUCUAAUCGAAUCAGCUGCUGCUUUCUCUUCUAAACCAUCACCAAAAUGCUUGCUGGAGAAAAUUGAUGUUAUAACAGGCGAGGAAGCAGAGCAUAAUGUGUUGAAGAUCAACUGCAAGCUUUUUAUAUUCAACAAAACAUCACAGUCCUGGAUUGAAAGAGGCAGAGGAACUUUGAGACUGAAUGACACAGCAAGCAGUGACUAUGGAACAUUCCAGUCAAGGCUAAUUAUGCGCAAUCAAGGCAGCCUGAGGCUGAUUCUCAAUAGCAAACUCUGGGCUCAAAUGAAAAUUCAAAGAGCGAACCACAAAAAUUUACGAAUAACAGCUACUGAUUUAGAAGACUGUAGUGUCAAAAUUUUUUUAAUUCAGGCCAGUGCCAAAGAUACAGGACGUCUGUAUGCAGCAAUACAUCAUCGGCUUGUUGCACUCCGACAGAAAGACGUGAACCAAGCAGGAAGCCAGUCAGAAACAAUCCUGCAACAGUUAAACGGUGAUAGCUGUGAUGAGGAUGAGGAUGAUUUCCUUAAGGUCACUAAAAAUAGAUCAGGCUAUAAUAGGAGAAAUUAUAAAAUACUUGUAAUAGAGUCACUGGGCAAAUCUAACUUGAAACUCUGAAAAUCUGUUUGGAAUUUGAGUGUUUUGUUUUCAAGGACCUUUUUUGCCACAUUUCUUUUAUUGUGUCAGAAUUCAUGAAUUGAGCAAGGGUGAAGUGGAACCAGUAAUUAGAAGAUUUGGGGGCUCAGUACUUGCUGAUGAGUGGAUUUAAAAGUAACAUCAUUUUCAGAGAAAAACACUGUCAAGGAAAUAAUAAUUCCAGCUUUGUUAUAUAGAUGCAGCUAUUUUAAUAAAGUCAUCCAAAUAUUUUCAGUCAUAGUUUCAUGUGACCCUGAAUUCUGCUUCAUAGAGGGAGGACUGAGUAAUAAACUUACAAAGAUAACAUGUUGGCAACCAUUUUUCCAAGUUUUAAUCAUGUUAAAUCUUAAAGCUACUGUAAUUAUACACAGUUUAAGAACCUAUCAAAGAGCAUGUGCAGAACUUGAUAAAAUAACUUCCUUUGCCUAAUACUAAAAAUGUAAUCAGGAGAAAGAAUGCAUAAAACAUGCAGAUGAGGAUCCUAAACUGCUUGACUAGAUGAGCCAGAGAGAUUAGUAAAUGUGCUUUUUCUUGCUACUAUUAAACAAAUGUUUUUUUAUUCUUGGAAAUGCAUAAAUAAAUUUAUCUUUCAUAUUAUUCUAAUGCUUAUAUGGUCAACAAUAAAAUGGGGUCUAUUAGAAAAUGAGUUUUUAUCAAUUGAAAAUGUUAAGAAUUAAAUGGCAAAAUUCUCUCAACAAAUAACACAUUUAUGAAUCUAUAUUCUAUUAUACUCUAUUUUAGGAAAGGGUAAUACGCAACUAUCUUUAUACAAACUGAGAAACUAUGGCAAUAAUGCAAAGCAAAUGUCAAUCGUAUGAAUCUCACCUUCUCCUGCCAUUUUUCCCCCCUUUUCACUUAGUACCUUCUCUAGGAGGUGCUGCACACAAAUGUUAAGAUGUUAUGGAAGCAGUAAAAAAUCUGAUUUUUAGAUUUUGUUACUCCCGAGUUAAGGAAGGGUUUAAUUAUCCAAAAACAUCAUGUUUAAAAUUAGCAACAUUUCCAAAUGUUACUUUUAAAGAUAUAUCAUUUCCUCACCAGUAAUCACUCAUCAAUAUUCGUGUUCAGUUGUAUUUGAUAUUAAAUUUAACCUGAAUAACACUGUAUAAUUAAAUAUCUUA